AUGUCGGACCGAUUAGUAGUCCACCCAAGCCACCCGCAAUGUGAAUGCGAUUCCUUACGAGCGCGCCUCACAGCCGCGGAGCGACGGUGCAGUGAGCUCCUCCAACAGAACCAAGAGUUACAGGUCAAGUUACUGGAGAGCAUUCAGCCGCCUAGCCCCACGUUGAGUGGCGCUUGGGAACUGUGGGGCGACGAUGCAGGUGGGCAUGUGCCCAUCGUCCACGAGGUUGAGAUCGGGCAAGAAACUUAUAUCAACCUUUCCGAGGCCUUUUUCGAUCGGCGGUGGCCGUACUUGCCUAUUGUGUGCGCGAUCGCCGCAACUGAAAGGUCUUACCGACCGAGCAGUGACGAAACGCAUCGACAGCUUUUUAAAAAUGCUGUUAGAGACUUGCAGCUAAUCAUGGAAGCUGGCGAUCUUGAGUAUAUGCAAUGCUUAUUACUGCUUUCGAUGUAUGGGCACAAUGAGCCGCAGUCGGGCAACAUUUGGUAUUCCACGGGGAUGGCGCUGCAUCUGGUCAUUGGGCUCGACUUGCACCGUAAAGAAAGUCUAAUCGGGCAGGAUAUGCUGCAGGCGGAGCUGCCUGCGAUUGAGGAGCCGAUCAUUCCGCAGGUGACGGAUAUGUCUCCUUUCAAUCACAUUAUUGCACUUCGCCAGAUUAACGCAGGGGUUUAUAAGCAUUUUCACCCCAAGGGCGGCGUGGGGGCUAACCCAUUCGAAUUGGAUCAACUCAGGAACAGGUACAGCUUCGACCUGAAUCAGUGCUUGAUUACUGCUCCGCGAUAUGUACACACCCUGUCGACUGUCCAGUCGGCGGAGUGGUUUCACAUCGCUUUCCACCACGCUAUGCUGUCUCUCUACCGACCUUCCCGGGCAGUUCCUAUCCCUUUGCCCCAUGAUCUACGAACAUGCCUGGAAUCUGCGAUCGGGCUGAUCAAUUCAUACAGCGCGCUUUAUGCGCGCAAUCGCAUCAAGUACACAUUUGUUGCGAUCCAUUCCCUUCUGAUGGCAGCCGUAACAAUGCUAUACUCGCUGCGAGCAUCUGCCUCAUUGCGGCAGGAGUUGACGAAGCCAGUCGUGCAGACCAAUAUCCAGACGUUUCUCACUCUCUUCCGUGGAAUCUGCAAUGGUCGUGAGGUCGGCGAGAAGUGUUCCCAGAUUGUCGAGCGACUGGGCGACUCGAUUUUGACAUUGUAUGAUGAUGCAGACCGCACGGACGCAGACGUGGAUACCGAAUUUCAAUCAUGGUUCGGGCUCCAGACGCACACGUAUGUUCAAACCGAUGAGGCGCCUUCUACUCACACCAUAUCCCCCCAUUUUCCCGAUGUUCGGAUCGACCUGCCGUGGGCUGACCUGUUCGCCGAAGGUAUCAACAUGGGCGCGACGGAUGUGUGGAGCAUUUUUCCUAGGAGGGUUGGUUGA